AUGAUUAUAUAGCAAGUAAAAUUUAUUAUUAUUUUAUUUUAUUUUUAGCAUAAAAUAAAAAAAAAAGAAAAUUAUAAAUAAAUAUUCAUAAAUAAUUUAAAUAAUCCGUUUGGGUUUGCUCCAUAUAAAAGAUUAAAACUAAUACAUGGAUAUGAUUCCUUUAUUGAAAAUUCAACUUUAGAUGAGAACGAAGAUUAUAUAACUCUUCCUUUUGUUUUAAGUGAAGAUUUAUUUAUUGAAUUCGAACAAAAUAUUAUAGUAAAAUAAAUAUAUAAAUAUGUAUGUUUUUUUUAAAAAAAAUAAAAUAAGGGAAACGGAGAAUCAGAAAAAGAAUAAAUAGUAAAAGAAUUUGAACAUAUUCAUAAUAAAGCCAUUUUUGAUACUUUCAAUGAAGCUCUUAAUAUUUUUAGACCUUUUUAUACUUUAGGAGGUUAACCUUAUUUAUGGUCUACCUCUGAAAAAAAUCUAUUAUUUAAAAAAAUAAAUGAAAAUGAUCUCUUCUAAAUUAUUGAUAAAUCAAAUUGUAAAGUUAUUGAAUGGUCCACUUCUCUUUGUGGUCUUAUUAAUGAAGAAGAAAUUUCCAGAAAUAUUCCUCAUUAAGAUGAAAAUGGUAAGCCACCUUCUUUACAUGUUUUAUUAGAAAAUAUUACUUCAUCAAAUGAGUAUUUGGCAUAAGUUAGGGAGGAAAAGCUAUCUAAAAUGCUAUUAACAGAGAUUUUUGAAAAUGAAUAUAGAUGGUAACUUUAUGAAGAUGAAAAAGCUGAAGUUACUAUGGAAUUGUCAGAUUUGGUUUUUGAAGAGAUAAUUGAAAAUAUUAUUUAUGAAUUAUAAAAUACCUUAUGA